CUUUUCGAUCUCUGAUAUACAAUAGCAGCCUAGAUUUUCUUCAGUCUUCGUUUCAUUCACAGAUCGGAUCAGAGAAUUUCGUCGUUGCAGUUUUUGGUCUAUUCACCAUGAGUUUCCUCUUCGGCAAGAAAAAGACUCCUGCAGAACUUCUGCGGGAAAAUAAAAGGAUGCUGGAUAAAUCGAUUAGGGAAAUAGAAAGGGAAAGACAAGGUCUACAAGCACAGGAGAAGAAACUCAUCGUAGAAAUUAAGAAGAGUGCCAAGCAAGGACAGAUGGGAGCUGUGAAAGUGAUGGCAAAAGAUCUUAUCAGAACGCGACACCAGAUUGAAAAAUUCUAUAAGCUUAAAUCACAACUCCAGGGGGUGGCUCUUAGAAUUCAGACUUUGAAAUCAACACAAGCAAUGGGACAGGCCAUGAAAGGUGUCACAAAGGCAAUGGGCCAGAUGAACAGGCAGAUGAACUUACCAUCAUUGCAGAAAAUUAUGCAAGAAUUUGAGAGGCAGAACGAGAAGAUGGAAAUGACAAUGGAGGUUAUGGGAGAUGCCGUGGAUGAUGCUUUGGAAGGGGAUGAGGAAGAGGAAGAAACAGAAGAGCUCGUGAGCCAGGUUCUUGAUGAGAUUGGCAUUGAUAUCAAAUCAGAGCUUCUCAAUGCACCCUCAGGCGCUGUCGCUGCUCCAGCUGCAAAGAACAAGGUUGCACAAGCCGAAGCAACAGGAACAACAGGAAAUGACGACAGUGGAAUCGACAAUGAUUUACAGGCACGUUUGGACAACUUGAGGAGAAUGUAGCUAUUUACAUAUCUUGUAAAAUAUAUUCACUAGCUCCAUUGUGAAUUAUCUGUUGUGUCUUUGGCUAUGUUACACUUGACAAAAUUACCCCAGCAUUUGUUGACUUGGUUUGCAACCAUGGGGGAGUUCUAUCGAAUUAUUUCUGAUGUUGCAGAUUUGCUCCUUCGUACGUUCAUACAUUCAGACAUAACUGUGUACAUAAAGUCCUAAAGCUGCAUGUAGGCAGACACGGUUUCUUAUUUGUCAUUGACUGGAGCUGUUAAUCUAUUAAAUUUCCACAGAAUUAUAAAAUUA